UGAGAAUAUACUUGUAAAAAAGGUCUUUGAAUGAUCCUAUGUAUGAUGGAACAGACAGAUGGAAAAGUGAUCCUACAUUGGCUUAUGCAAGACAAGCCCAAGAAAGAAUUCAAGAAUUUAAUAGAUUGAAAAGAGCACGAUAUCUUCUUGAUGCUAUUUUUCUUACAAAUGAGUUAAUUUUGGAUGGAUCAGAUGUGGAAAUAUUGACUCUUGCUAGCACAAUAAUAAACAGAUUUAAGGUUUUAGGGGUCUUUAAUACAUUAGUAGAAAAUUCUAGUGAAAGCACAAGGGUAUCUGUGCUAAAGCCAUCUCAUAGUGGUAUAUAUCAUUGCUGUACAUUCUGUUCAAGUGGUGGUAAAAAGGAAGCAACCUGUGGUUGUGGAGGAACUAUGCCUGGUGGAUAUCAAGGAUGUGGACAUGGUCAUGUUGGACAUCCUGGUGUUAGCCAUUGGUCCUGUUGUGGAUCAGUUUUAAGACACGGACGUUGCUUGGUCUUUCAAACAUAUGUGCAUCAACUGCUACUUUGAUGUUAUUGGUUAGAAAUAAAUUUUAUUUUUUCAUUUA